AUAGACAAACAAAAAGAUUAUGCGCCCAUCACAUCACGUCUCCCCCAAUUAAAAUCCAGAUCUUCUUCCCAUCUUCCUUGAACCCAAAGUGAAAUUUACAAAUAUUUAUUUAAAACAAAAUUUUUACUUUGAUAAAAUAGUUUACUGUAUAAAUAAAUAACAAUCAAAUAAAGAAGAAGAAAGAGAAGUCUGCCAUCAUCACUAUCUUUGUCUCUGCACUUUCGUCGGUGAUUCACUUUGCAAUUCUGGGCUGCUGCUGCUGCUGCUGCUGUUGUUAGCCCAGAAUAGAUUGAUUGUUUUAGAUCUGCUUUGGUGGGUCUUUCAAUGGAGUCCGAGAAGAAAGCGCCUGCUGUUUCAGAUAUGGGCGCCUGGGCUAUGAACAUCAUCAGCUCCGUCGGUCUUAUUAUGGCCAACAAGCAACUCAUGUCUUCUUCUGGCUAUGCCUUCAGCUUCGCUACAACCUUGACUGGUUUUCACUUCACUGUGACUGCCCUGGUGGGUCUGGUAUCGAAUGCGACCGGGUAUUCUGUGUCCAAGCAUGUUCCUGCUUGGGAGCUCCUUUGGUUUUCCGUCGUUGCCAAUAUGUCUAUUACUGGGAUGAACCUUAGUCUUAUGCUUAAUUCUGUCGGUUUUUAUCAGAUUUCAAAGUUGAGUAUGAUUCCUGUGGUUUGCGUUUUGGAAUGGAUCCUUCACAGCAAGCACUACUCAAAGGAAGUCAAGUUGUCUGUUGUCUUUGUGGUUAUUGGUGUGGGUAUUUGCACUGUAACUGAUGUCAAGGUCAAUGCCAAAGGUUUUAUAUGUGCUACCGUGGCAGUGUUGUCAACGUCAUUGCAACAAAUUUCAAUAGGUUCUUUACAGAAGAAAUAUUCUAUUGGAUCUUUUGAGUUGCUGAGCAAAACUGCACCUUUCCAAGCUAUUUCUCUUAUAGUGCUUGGUCCAUUUAUUGAUUACUAUCUGAAUGGAACAUUCCUAAUGACAUACAAGAUGUCUACUGGUGCCCUUCUGUUCAUUCUUCUUUCAUGCUCUUUGGCGGUGUUCUGCAAUGUUAGUCAGUACCUUUGUAUUGGACGCUUCUCAGCCGUUUCAUUCCAGGUUCUUGGUCACAUGAAAACGGUGUGCGUCUUGACAUUGGGCUGGCUGCUUUUUGAUUCAGAGAUGACUUUGAAGAACAUCAUGGGCAUGGCAAUAGCUGUUAUGGGUAUGGUUGUUUACAGUUGGGCUGUGGAACUUGAAAAGCAGGCUGCUGCAAAGGCAGCCCACCAUGCCAAAAACAGUUUGACAGAAGAAGAAAUUAGAUUGUUGAAGGGUGACUUGAAUGUUGCCCCUGUGAAGGAUAUUGAGCGCGGAGAAACAAAAUCGUAAGUAUGAUACUCUAGAAAGCAAGAAUUGACAACUGUUUUUGGUUCAAUUAGAUUAAGGCAUUCUUGUAGGCUUUAUCAGCAGCAAAAGUACCACGUCUCGCCUACAUACGUCAAUGGCAUGAGUUUCUACCAGAUUUAGCCUGUAAUUUUUUUGUUUCUUACCAUAUUUAUUAAUUAAUUGUUUCUAAGAUGUGGCAUAAUUUAAGUGUAACUUGUUUAUAGACAACAGUUAAUACCAUUGUCAUGACUCAUGAGAGUGCCAAGCCUAGGCUAUUCUUGUUCUCUCCUCUCUAUCUGUUAUCUGCUACUUAGUUUUCAUGUUUUGGUACUCUA